GGUUAUUCCGCAUUUUCUUUUUCGCGGGUAGCUGGUGAUGGAAGACUCCGGUGGGAUAGAUUUAACGUCGGAUGAGAUUACUAGAUUAAAAAAAGCUUUCAAAGACCCUGAGUUUCAGAAAUUAUUUAGAGAAUAUGCGGAAGAAAUAGCAGAUCCUGCUAACAAGAAAAAAUAUGAAGAUGAAAUAAAGAUGAUGGAAUUAGAGCAAGGGAUGGAUGUGGUGUUCGUCAAUCCUACCCCUGGACAUUGUUUAAAAACGCGUCAUUGGCCAGGUGUUCUUCAGUGUCCCGAAAGUAGAAUAAGUGAUAAAGAUGAGUCGAACCAAGAAAGUGUGAAGGUUUUCAUAAAUGUUUGCAAAUCCGACAAACUGCAAUGUCCGGAAAUGAAACCGACGGAAAACGACUCCUCUAGACAAGGAAAAGGGGGUGUAUACUGGAGUCUUCCUCAUUGCUUCACACCACCUCGUGAGGAUAUUGACAAGGCAAAACAACGUGCCAUGGUUUAUGAUGUGGCAUUCAAUCCAAAAGCGUUCGAGUUAGCUGAGUCAUCCGUUGCUUUGAGAAGAUUGUUAGAUACAACAGCGGUCGAGGGUGUUCAAAAGCAAUAUAACUUGUGUUUUGGAAAAACUUUCGCGCAAGCACGACAGUUAUUCGAUAUUCAGAAAGGUAGUGAGUCAGGAUGCUCUCGAAAUGGGUCAUCUCUUACUGAUUCUGCUCGUGAGGAUUAUUUACUUAAGGCUGUACAUGUCUUAAAGGGUGUAUCUUACAAAGGGGUUUCUAGACCGACAGUAAUCAGGCGUCGCCGCUCUGAUUAUGAAGAACGCCAAACUGAGAUAAAAAGACGAGAAACUGAAGAUUUAAAGUUGUGUCAUUCUGAAGAACAGAAGCAAGCAAUUAAAAUGCUGUCUUCUUUUCCUAAUUGUGGUAAUCUUAAUAGUUCAUCUAACGGGACCAAUAAAAGUGAUGAGACUGUUGAAUCGAAUAAUACAAGUUCACCCACUAAACCUGAUUAUUCUAUAACAUACAGUUCAGAUUUUGACCUAAGUGAUUGUACAUAUUCUAAUGAUGUGAACCCUUUACGUCCACCUGAUCGUUUAAAAAUCAAUAUCAGUUUACCUGGUAUACGUUCAUCUUCAUGUGUUGACUUGGAAGUGACAAAAACGCACAUACAUUUAAGUAGUCACAAACCAAUUGCAUAUUUACUUGAUUUAAAAUUACCUUAUGAAGUGAACGAUGCUGAUGGGACAGCAAAAUUUGAUAAAUCUACUCACACUUUAUGUGUCACAUUGCCAAUUAUUAAAAAUAUGGAGUCAGCAGCAGCUACUUAUAAGCCUGUUGUUAGUAGUAUAAAUAGUCAUGAUGAAAAAGACGCAGAAAAUGAAACAAAAACUAUUGAGUACAAUUCUACAACAAACACUUCUGAUCAUGAAUCAGUUACACCAAAUGAAACAACUGGGAAACAUUCACGUAAAAAACGUCGAAAACGACGAACUAAAUCAAAAAUUGUUACAGAAAGCUCAAUAGAUGCUUCAUCUGACGGUGGUGGUGGAUCUACAUCUUCAAAAUGUUCUAAUGUUAAUUUAUCGCCAUCUGCUGCUGUUGUUGUUGUUGACGUUGAUAAGUCUGUAAUACAGACAGAAAACAAAUCUGAACAAUUAACAAAUACACAUGAAAGUUUGUCGGAAAUUGAGCAAAACAAAGAAAACGUUAACAAGAUUACAAAGUCUCAAACAUUACCAUCUACAGUUAUCAGUUUAUCAACUUCUCCUGGCGUUGAAAUCAAAGUAAACCAGAUUUCAAGUUGUGAAAUGAUUUUAUCCAAAGAUAGACGUUUAGCACCAGUUCGUUUUCGACAAGAUCCAUUUUCUUUAACUAUUUUAUUGGAUGUCCGAGGUAUUUUGCCUAAUUCAAUUGUAAUAAAUUGGACUAACCCGAUGGAUUUCAAUGUAUCAUCCGAUAAUGCUGAUAUGCUUGAUUCAUCAUCAUCAUCAUCGCCAUCACCAUCAUCAUCAUCUCGACUCCUUUCACUACUACUACUGAUUACUUUUUCAAGUUGUGGAUCUGGUGGAUUUACUAUGGAUUGGGGCAUUGUGUUACACUGUCCAUCUUCUGUGACAUUCAAUAAUAAAUUUGAGCAUUCACUUAAUGGUGUUAUUGGUUCACUUAACUCGCAUCGAUCUGGUGAAUCUUCCGCACCACCAGCACCACCACAGAUAAUAUCUUGUCAUAUUUCUCCGACAAAUGGAGUUUUGAUUAUUCGUAAACCUUCAUGUAAUUAUGAUGAUGAUGAUUUGUCUAUGAAUAAAAAAUUCUCUAGUGAAAUGUUAUCAAAUCGAGCUGUUUGGUGGGCAUCCAUUGCAACUGGGCGUACUUUAACCGGUGGUAUGCAAGAGUGUUCAUUUAUUGGAAUGGAAGCAUUCACAUCAUAUCCUAGGCAUAAUAAUUUUCUCUCUACUAAUGUUAAUAAAACUUCCAAUAAUUGUUGUCAACAUGAUGUCUUCCCUUCUACUCAACUUAUCAAUAAUCAAUCAAUUCACAAAAACUGUACAUUAUUGAAUGAACAAAGUUUAAAGUCGAUAAAUGUCAUUUCAUUAUCAAAUGAAUGUUGUUCCAUAGAAUGGGAUCCUACUGUUGAAUCUGUCAAUGCGGAAAUCGAUUCUAGCUGUAAUAUCACAAAAACAAAUGACUCUUGUUUUGCGUCUAAUCAUCAGUCGAAUUUAAUCAAUGAACAUCCUGACAAAUUACAUGUAAUUAACGAUAAUAAUAGGAGUAAUAAUAAUAAUAAUAAUAAGUUUAUUGUCAAACGUCAUAGGUAUAAUUCAACUCCUGGUAAUCCUGGUCAAACUGGAUCAGUAUUAAAAAGUAUUUUGAAACAACGUUCAAUAUCAGAAUCAAGCGUUGAUGAAACAAUUAUUUUAGAAGGUAAUAUUUUACGUGAUGCUGGUUUAGCCGGUACUACUAGACAACAUUCUUUAAUAUCAGAUGAAUUUCCUACAGAGUAUAAUGAUGAAAAUCAUGAUAUAGAAGUAUUCAAAUCAUCUGAUUUUCAACGAAGUAUAUCUAGUGAUAAAUUAUUAUUAUUAGAAGGAACAACAAAUCAUUUACCUCUAUGUAGACAACGAUCAGUGAGUUUCUGUCAACGUGAUCAACAUGUGGAUUUCUCUCCUGGGGAUACUGUAGAAACACUGCAUCAUACAUUGCACAAUAUACGGAGAAAUCUCCGCAGACGUGAUGCUCGCCGUCGUCGUGCAACUAAUGGAUUUUUAAAACAAGCAAAUAAUUGCGAAAGCAUACCUUCUAAAAUAGAUGGUGAUAUCAGUUCUCCUGUAGUUAGCACAUGCAUGUCAUCAAGUGGUUCGUUAACUGAUGUUAACCAUUGUAGCGAGAAUCCCAAUCGUUCGGUCUUGGAACAAAAUGAUCCUGAUUCUGCCGAAUCUAAUCAUGCAAAUACACCCCACGAUUCCUCCACUCUUCGUGAACUAGAAGCCGAGGUUCCUGUACAUUCACGUUCUGAAUCUGAUCUUGGGAACCUACCUACCAAAGAUCCUGAAUCUAAUAAUUCGCAGUUAUCAAGUCCUAAAUUUAUUUCAAAAUAUGAAGAGGAAUCUCUCAACAUUUCUCCUAAGCACACUGAAACUAUUAGUGCUAAUCGUACAACAGAUCAUAACUUUUCAGCUGUCCACUUAACUGCAACAACUAUUUUAGAAUUAGAUGAAGAAUGAAAUUUUUUGUGUAAAUUUCCUAAAAUCAUCUUUUAAUUUGCAUAUGUGGGUCACUUUACAGAAUUGUGUUUCACUCAGGAAGAACCUUUCGAAAGUUAUUCCACAUGGUUUUUGUGAUCGAUUGUAUGCUGUGUAAACUUUAUCCAACCCUAAUUUUCAGAUAUCUACAGCCUUCAUAGUUCUCUACAUAUGUUUACAAUGUGAACAAAUGCUUGUCUCAGGUGGUCGGUUUGAAGUAUCUCUUUUUACCAUUUAUGUUUCCGGGACGAAAUAUAUUAGCUCGGUCUGUUACCUGACAAAGGACUACAAAUGACAUGCAUUAGGAACUCAUCUGACUCUUUUUUAUGUCAUGUAGUAGUUUAUCAUGUUGAUAUCAUUGAUGCCGGGUCAACCAACAAAUUUAUGGCAAAAAAUGAACUUGACGCUUCUCAAUUGUACCAUCGCCUGGAAUAUCA